GGAAGUAACCGAGAGAGUUUCCAUUGAUGUUUCAUUUCCUUGAGGAGAGAGAAAGACAGAAAGCAAGAGAGAGAGAGAGUGCGCGUGAGUGUUAUCUUAUCAUAGCAUAACUCAUUCUCAUGAACCCAAAUUUCAUCUCUUUCCUUAUUUUCUUUUGUCAGAAAUUCCAUUCUCAGAAUUCAGUUUAUCAUUAUUUUCUCUCAUUGAUAAUCUUUUGAUAGAGAUAGAGAGAGAUAUAGAGAGAAAAUGUUUGUUAAGAAUUGAAAGAUGAUGAUUGAUUGAUCCCUCACCCACUUUAUUUGACUUUGGAAUCAAUUCAAUUAUCAUUCAAUAAUUUCCCUUAUCAAUCUUUCAAUUUCUCUUUUGAGUUUUUGGGUCAUUGAGAUUUUGUAUAUUUUCAUUUGGCAUUUUGUUGUUUGUUUUUGAUUCCACAAACCAAAUCCUCAAAGUUUGUUUUUUUAUUGUUUGAUUCACUUUGUGAGCCACUCCAUUCUAUUUCAUAUUUGUGAUAAUGGGUUGUGUAAGUUCCAAACAAAAGAAGUGUAAUCAUUGCAACACGCCUUAUUGCUCUGUUUCUAGAAGCUACACAAUGCAUGUACAUCAUCCACCUCAAAGCAAAGGAGAUAGUUAUCAUCUUGUGGCAUUGACAUCAACAACAUUGGGUUCAUUGGAGCUUGUAUCUCAUAGUCAAAGUAAUGGUUUUGUUCCGACUUCAGGUCCGCUGCACCCAGACAAAUGCAACGGACUUGAGGUCGGAACAAAUUUCAUGUUUUCCAAUGGAAAGGUUAGUGAUAGUUUCAAAGAGGAGGUAGAGAAUGAGGCCAAGACAUGGUCUACUAUGAUUGUGGAGAAGUUGCCAAAAUCUAUUGUCAAGAAUCAAAUCACAAAACCAACUUGUGAGCUUGAUGAGAAGGAGACUAUCAUCAACACAUGGGAACUAAUGGAAGGACUUGAAGAGACAAGUCCUUUACAAUCACCAAAUCUCUUAAAAACUCUCUCUUUUGAUGUCAAUGUUAAUGGCAAUGUUGAACCACAAAUGACUAGUAUCAUGGAGAAUGAUGAUGAUGAUGAUGGCAUUGAUUUACACAAACCCAAGUUGGAUCCAAUGAUUGAGGAGGGUUCAAAUGAGUCAAGUCUCAAGGUUAAAGUUUUGGAUUUUGAUGAUUUUAAAGUUGUUUCCUCAUUCAAGGAUUCAUUUCAAGACAAGCAAGAAGGGAUGGAUGAAAAGUUAUCCUUUUUUGAGGAAAAGAAAAUCAAUGAUGAUGUUUUUGUAGAUUUCAAGGUUUCCUCACAUGGGAAGAAGGAAAAAGUUGUCUUGUAUUUCACAAGCCUACGCAUGGUGAGAAAAACUUAUGAAGAUUGUUGCAAUGUUAAGAUAAUUUUGAAAGGAUUAGGCAUAAGGGUUGAUGAGAGAGAUGUUUCAAUGCACUUAGAGUUUAAAGAAGAGCUCAAAGAGUUACUUGGUGAAGAGUAUGGUAAAGGAGGAUUACCAAAGGUGUUUAUUGGAAGGAAAUACAUUGGUGGAGUUGAGGAAAUUCAAAAACUUCAUGAUGAUAAGAAGCUUGAGAAAUUGCUUGAUUGUUGUGAAAAGAUUGAUGAGAUUGAAGGAGGUGAUAAUGGUGGAUGUGAAGUUUGUGGUGAUAUAAAGUUUGUGCCUUGUGAAACAUGUUAUGGAAGUUGUAAAAUUUACUAUGAAGAUGAUUGUGAGGUUGGUGAGUUUGGAUUUCAAAGGUGUUCUUAUUGCAAUGAAAAUGGACUAAUAAGAUGUUCCAUGUGUUGUUUCUAGUUCAAUAUUUUGUUUUGACAUUUAACAUAGACACUUAGGAUCAAUGUUUGAGUUGUGUGUUCUAUAUGUGUGAUUUGUUUAUAAUUAGUUUUUUUGUUGUAUAGUUAAGUUUGGGUUUGGUUGAUAAGACAAGAUCAAGCAUAUAGAAGGGUGAAUAAUUAUGUAUGAUCAAUUUAUAGUGUAUACUUUUUAUUUUCUAUUUCAAAUAAAAACAAAGAUGGCUUACAAUUUCA